CGCUUUUAUCCUGAUUUACUAUUAUAUAUAUUAUUAUAUAUAUAUUAUUAAUAUAUAGUUCAUUGGAGAAAUUAAAAUAAAUAAAGUAGUAAAAAAAUGAUAAAAAGACCAGGCAGGAAUGAGAGUGAAGAGGAAUUACUUCAGUUUCAAGAAGAAUUUUUAAAGAAGUCUGAAAAACCAUCAGUGACAAUUAAAAAAUUAAAAAAUGACAAAGCCAAAGAUUUUAAUAAUGAAAUUGAUAAUAAUAAAAAUGAAAAAGAGACAACAUGCUUUAAAAAAACUGUGAAAUUUCAAAUCAACGAUGAUGAUAUGGAUGCUGCAAAGAGAUUAGAUGCUAAAGAUAAAGAACACAUUUCAGAAAUCCUUCAGAAUGUUCAAGAAAAGCCUUCUCUAGUUUUUCCAGUCUUUCCUGUUCCAUCUUAUAAGUUGGGAUUUCCAAGUGUACCACAACUCAAUACAGCAAUGAAAAGUGGAGAAGGUCAAAAGAAAUCUCUUUUCGCUCAAAAUUUUAAAAGAUUCAACCCUCAAAACGACUUCGGAACUGUAGACAAUCAACUUUUUGAGAAAGAUAUUCAUGUGCGCAAGGAUAAAAUCAAUCAGAGUGUUGGUUAUCCAGAUGUUAAAAAAGAUGUUUUGUGCAGUGCAUCUUCUGCAGCAUCUUUAGAUCCAACUCAAAAAACUAUACAUGAAGAAAAUCUUGAGAUUAUCAGUAGAUUAAAUAAAGAGCAAAUAUAUGAAGCGCAAAAAAAUUUGCUUUCAACGUUAGAUCCCAAGCUUGUAUCUUUACUGAAAUCUAAAAAUUCGUUAAAAACUGAUUCAUAUAGUAGUGUCACACCGGAUGUAAUUCCAAAUAUACAAAAUGAUAUUACGGAUAAACAACUUGAUAGUUGCAAUGCUAUUGCUGAGCCCGAUAAAAAUAUGUCACCAAAUUCUGAGGAGGAGUUUGAACCUCAUAAAGAGUUUAAUAUUUCUAAAGAUUUUGUGCAUAUGGAUAUAAUAGAGAAGGAAAAAUUGAGUUGGAUGAAAUCUGUUCCUGUUUUGAAAUACAAUGAGGAUGCAAAUUGUUUGCCUCGUUUUGAUUUUGAAGGGAGUUUGGUUAAAGAAAAUAACCAACCAACCUACUCAGGUUUAUAUCAUCAUGGAGAUGAUCCUAGUUUACCUGGUUAUACACUGCUAGAGCUAUUUCAUAUGGUUAGAUCAAAUUUUUCUCAACAAAGAAUAUUUGGGUUGAAGCUUUUGACGAAAGUCAUUGAAAAGUAUUAUCAACAAGAGUUUUAUGGAAAACUUUCAACAGAUUUACUGGCACAAUGUUUAGAUGCUGGGCUUCUUUUUUUGUUAAGGUGGUCAAUAGAUGAUCAUUCAGAACCAAUCUACAGUGCUGCUGUUGCAACCCUUUCACAGAUUUUGUAUGUUAAAAGUGAACAAGAGUUUGUGCAAAAGUUUUUGUUCACUGAAAAUGGCUUUGUACUUCCUCAACUAUGCUUCUACUACAAAAAGAAAGAUGAGGAAAUGACUCAAGAAGAAAAAGAAGAAGAUCGUGAUCUACUUGAUGCUGAACUUGUUAAAGUAGAUGUUGUUAAGGGAUUAUUGCAGAUGCAAAUUUUACCCAGACUAAGAUAUGUAAUUGAGAUUUGUCAUCCAUCAGACAAUGCUAUUUCAAAUUGUGUUUCUGUCUUGAUCAGAAUAGCUCAACAUGAUACCGAAUCUUCUUGGAGAAUUAUGGAUUGUCCACGAUUAACUGAAGUGCUUUAUUCACUUCUUAAGAAUAAGUUCGAAAACUUUAAAACAGCACUAAUGGUAGUUCGCUUUUUUAGAUCAUUGUGCCAAGCUGGAAAAGAGAUAAGUAAAAAAGUUAUGUCUUUAUAUUCGAUUAAUGAUUUAAUAUACAAGUAUGUAUCACUAGAACAAGUUGAUCAUUUGUUUAUGGUAGAAAUUUAUGAGCUUUGGAGAGUCUUACUACAUUAUGGUUUAGCAUCAAAUUUAUUUCAAGAUGUCUACAUGGUUAUUAUGACCAAGGUACAGGGUUUGUGUGCAAACUACUCUCAAGUUGAUGAUUUCUAUGCAGCCUCGAUAAUUCAUGUUGUAGAGAGUGCAAUGCAUAUCACAGAUUCUAGUAAAAUAAGUUGGAUAAUUAUUGAAGGGUUUUUUCCUCUCUUGGUGCAAUGCAUUAAAGCAAUAGAAUCUGAAAUUACUCAAAAAAAACAUCUCAGUUAUCCAAUGUAUGUUUGCUCAAUACUUCAAUCGCUUGCUUCUUAUUGUCAACUAAAGAAUGAUAUGGUAUUAUCUGAAAAUCCGGUGGCCCUUUUAGAAACUGUGGAGUAUUUAUGGGAUGUUGUCUUGAAAUCUUUUAUUAAUUCCUCAUUAUUUUCUCAACUGCUUGAUGAAAUUUGUUUGUUCUCUGAUUUUAAUACAAAAGAGUCAGCUUAUCUAUUUAAUUGGCCAAAAAAUUUACCUUCUUAUGGAACAUAUUCAUUACCUGGCACUUUUCCUUUAUCGUUAGUAAAAGAUUCACCAAUUAGUUUAGUGCAAGGAUUUUUUAAACUAAUUCUUCAGCUGGUGAAGAUUCAUAAAGGUUUAUCUUCAAAUGCAGUUGCAAUUGUUACAAAUCCACAGUUAUUGGUUUAUAUUAAAUUUGUUCUCCAAUCAAAUAUAGUUAAGCACAUUAACACUUUGGUAUCAACAGAAAUAGAAUGUAUUCUUCUUUCACAUUUGUUGGAGCUUUUCAUUGUUGUUGUAAGUAAUGGAAAAAACUGUGGUUUUCAUAUGUUUCAUCCGACUAUUAAUGAUAUCUAUCUACAAUUGUCUUUUUUGAUACUGACUCUCCCUUGUAAUUUUAGUUGUGAUAAUAUUAUUUCUGUAAUGAAGAAUGUCAUAUUUAAUCCUAAGAUGUUUAGAAAGAAGACAUUUAUUUUACAUGGUUCAGAGGAAAGAACAGCUAUGGUAAAACAAAAUGUGGAGCUUGCUUUGAAAGAACUUUCUUAUACUGCAAACAUUUACUUGGAUACCUUUAAAUUAAAAUCACUGAAUAAGGAAAGAACAAGUUUUUUGUACAAAAGACAAAGUUUACUUCCAACAGAUUGGAUGUUUUAUCCUAUAGUAAAGCUCUACAAUAGUUCAUUAAAUAUUGAGCAUGGUGGUGGAAUUAUCAUUAAUGCAAGCAUUAAAACAGUCGAAAUAAUUCGAUAUUGUGUACAGUUCAUACUAAUGCUUGAAGUUACUUGUAGUUCUAUUUUAUCUGAUGUUAGCGAGACCUUAAGGUUUACAAGAUUUAUGUGCCUAUUUCUUUCAGAAGGUUGUGUGUUUACAGAUCAAAUCCUAGUGCCAGUUCUGUCAUCUUUGAUGGUUGUUUAUUCAGCACCAGGUUUCCAAUCUUACUUAGAUUUUGAAGUUGAACUUCCUGGGAUAACAUCAUAUUAUGAUUUGUACACAAAUUUACUGAGUCAAUAUCUAUCAUCCUCAUUUGGAGAUCCUACCUUUAGUAAUUUAGUACUAGUUCCUAUGCAAUUAAAGCAUGAUGUGAAAUUCAGACGUGCAGUGUGGACUGAGUUUUGUGAUAUUUUAAGAAUGUUUCCGUUGCCUAUUUUACAGGUUAGUAUCGAUUUGAAGAAUUUCUUGACAUCUGAUACAGAACAUGAAGAAAUGAUUGAAAUCUAUUUUUAUGCAAUGGAACAAAAGAGAGUCAGGAUAUCCUGGUGCCCUAUAUUCUAUUUAAUUGCUGUUCAUCACAUCAAUCAAUACAUUUUUAACCCAAAUGCUGCUCAUGAUAUUUCAAAACGAGCUUUUAUGCUCAAAAAAGUUCUUUUGUUUAAUGACAAGGACUUACGAGAUGAUAUUGUUCUUUACGAAACCUUGGACAUUAAUAACUUAAAAGGUUUUAGAUUGCUUUCUCAGAUACCCCCAUCACGAGAAUUAUUUAUUAGAGAACUAUCUAGUUGAUGCAAUACAGUUUGUUGUCUUCUUUAUUUAAAAAAAAAAGACUUGGGAGUGAAAUGAUUACUGUUUGGCAUGAAAUUAUUACUGUUUCCCAUUUUCUUAGUAUUCUUAGCCUAUCGGAUUUGCUUUAACAAUUACUCUGUUAAGAACUCUUAUUGAUCAGAAAAAUUGUUACCAAACACUAUAUUACGUAGACAUGCUAGUUAUAAACACUAUAUUACGUAGACAUGCUAGUUAUAAAUUUUAUAUGGAAAGCUUUUUUAAAGAACACACAAGAAAUACUUUGUUGCUAAGUAAUUAAGUUACAGCAACGUUCAUACAGCAUUAAAGGAUAUAAUCUUUUCUAUUUGUAUACAAAUGAAGUAUGUGUAACCAUGUACUGUGUAAUAUAAUCAGUUAAAGAAUUACUUGAACGUUUA